AUGUCGUGGCUUUUGGGCUCUUCGCCAUCUACUGAACAAUCCGAAGUCAACCAGACAAACGCCUUUAUCACGCUGCCUGCGUUCACCGACGCUGCUCGUCUUCACCCUCAGGCUGGUUUGGACAGGGGAGUGGAAUUCCUUGACCUUGACGAUGACCGUCUUUCUGAUUUGGAGGGUGCUCAGGGUGUGAUUGCGUCGAGAGACUGGAAGGAUGACCUUUGUUACGGUACUGGUACGGUGUACUUGCUUGGUCUUGGUGUGGGUGGAGCUUUUGGUCUCCAGGAAGGUUUGUCCAAGAUGCCUGCUGACUCGCCGCCAAAGUUGAAGCUCAACACUGUUUUGAAUCACAUCACCAAGCGUGGUCCGUUCUUGGGUAACACUGCUGGCUGUCUUGCCAUCACUUAUAACAUUGUGGAUGCCAUUAUUGACCACUGGAGAGGUAAACACGACGAUUUCAACUCGUUGGCCUCGGGCGCCAUCUCUGGUGCUUUGUUUAGGCUGGCUGCCGGAAUCAAGCCUGCUGCCUACUCGGCUGCCAUGAUGACCGGUGCCGCUGGCGCCUGGUGUGCUUUGAGAAGAGCUUUGCAAUAG